AUGGAUUUCGCCAAUUCGACCGUCGUCAUGGCUGGUCUGAACCAGACCACCGAUUACUUUGGUGUCUACGAUGAGGUCUCCAAGUACAAUGUCCAGCUCAACACCGCCGAGCGCCUCUGGGCCGCCUGGUACAUCUGGAUGCAGAACGACAUUCUCGCCACCGGCAUCAUGAGCUUCGUCAUGCACGAGGCCGUCUACUUCGGCCGCUGCAUCCCCUGGAUCCUCCUCGACUUCAUUCCCUAUUUCCACAAGUACAAGAUUCAGGAGGAGAAGAUGCCCACCCUCAAGGAGCAGUGGCAGUGCACCUACGUCGUCCUCCUGUCCCACUUCACCGUCGAGCUUCCCCAGAUCUGGCUGUUCCACCCUCUCGCUACCUACUGCGGCAUGGAGUUUGGCGUCCCCUUCCCGCCCGCCUGGAAGAUGGCCAUGCAGAUCGCCGUCUUCUUCGUCAUGGAGGACUCGUGGCACUACUGGAUGCACCGCGCCCUGCACUACGGUCCCCUCUACAAGGCCAUCCACAAGGUCCACCACUACUACUCCGCCCCCUUCGGUCUCGCCGCUGAGUACGCCUCCCCGAUUGAGGUCAUGAUCCUCGGCAUGGGCAUUGUCGGCUCCCCCAUCAUCUGGGUCUUCAUCACCGGCGACCUCCACCUCCUGACCAUGUACGUCUGGAUCAUCCUGCGCCUGUUCCAGGCCAUCGACGCCCACAGCGGCUACGACUUCCCCUGGUCCCUGCGUCACUUCCUCCCCUUCUGGGCCGGCGCCGAUCACCAUGACAUGCACCACGAGAAGUUCAUCGGCAACUAUGCCUCCAGCUUCCGCUGGUGGGACUUCUGCCUCGACACCGAGGCCAGCCCCGAGGCCAUGAAGCGCCGCCGCGAGAGGAAGGUCAAGGCCAUGAAGGCUUCGAAGCAGCAGUAA